AUGUGGAUUAGUAAUACAAUACGUGACAAAGGAGGAUACGACGACAGUUCAUCAAAAGGAAUCAUUGCACUAAAAACGUUUCCUGAUCAGCCAACUAUGUUGCUAAUUUGUGAUCCCCACUGUUUUGAAAUACAUGGCAGCCCAACUAUCGCUAAAUUGUGCAAAGGAAGGUGGUUACGAUGGUGCAAAGUUACUGAAUUGUCAGAAAGACACUUUUAUAAUUUGUGUUUGCCUUUAUGA